CUGCCUAAAUUCUCAUUGGCUCAACGACGUUAUACAAACGUUUUAUAUCUUGGUGCGAACUAUAUUCAGAGUUUCUCAACCCAGAGAUGCAACAUCACAAGACUUCCGGGAACGCUUGGGGAGCAAAGUCAUUUGUUCAGGACUCCCCAGACGGAAGCAUUGGGAGAGACAACAAACAUAUCGGUUGUUGACAGACCAACUUCAACAUGAAGGGUUUUAUCCUCAUGUUCAUGGGAACAUGUCACCUUUUUGAGGCAUUUGGUGUGACUCACUCCCUGAAGUAUUUCUACACCGCAUCCUCUGGAGUUCCCAACUUCCCAGAGUUUAUGGUUGUGGGGAUGGUGGAUGGUGUUCAGAUGGUUCACUAUGACAGCAACAGCCAGAGAAUGGUGCCCGAACAGGACUGGAUGAACAAGCAGACAGAAGCAGAGUACUGGGAGAGGGAGACAGGGAUUGCCUUUGAUUCCCAGCAGGUUUUCAAAGACGACGUCAAUAUUCUAAAGCAGCGUUUUAACCAAAGUGGAGGAGUCCACGUUCUCCAGUACAUAUAUGGCUGCUCAUGGGAUGAUGAGACUGAACAGAGAGAUGGUUUUGGGCAGCUGGGUUAUAAUGGGGAGGAUUUCCUAGUGUACGACAUGAAUACAUUAACUUGGAAAGCUCUUAAACAGCAAGCUGAUGUCAUGCGGGAUAAGUGGAACCGUGACAUCAGUAGACUGGUAUUCUGGAAGACCUACUUCUCCCAGACCUGCAUUGAGUGCCUGAAGAAGCAGGUGGUCAAUGGGAAGAGCACUCUGAGGACAGUCCCUCCCUCAGUGUCUUUGCUCCAGAAGACCCCCUCUUCUCCAGUGACCUGCCACGCUACAGGUUUCUACCCCAGUGGAGUCAUGGUGUUCUGGCAGAAAGAUGGACAAGAACAGCAUGAAGAUGUGGAGCAUGGAGAGAUUCUCCACAACGAUGAUGGAACCUUCCAGAAAAGCACCCACCUCAGAGUGACGCCUGAGGAGUGGAAGAACAACAAGUAUCAGUGUGUUGUUCAGGUCACUGGUAUCAAGGAGGACUUCAUCAAGGUUCUGACUGAGUCUGAGAUCCAGACCAACUGGGGUGACCCAGCCCCCAUCAUUGUCCCCAUCAUUGGAGGGGUGGUAGCUCUCCUCCUGGUCGUUGUUGUUGUUGGGGUCGUCAUUUGGAAGAAGAAGAGUAAGAAAGGGUUUGUUCCAGCCAGCACUAACGACACUGACUCUGUGUACUCUGGGAAAGAUCUCCUGAAGACUUGAGUCCUCUCUGCACUUCUGAAGCCGCUGAAGAGGACAGCAACGAAAUAACAACAACAAAUGCUGAACUUCUCAUAAACGUAUACUUACACACAUCAGCCACACACACUCCAUAUAUAUUGAACAAAAAUAUAAAUACCACCAUUUCAAAGAUUUUGCUGAAUUACAGUUCAUGUAAGGAAAUUGGUCAAUUUGAAAUAAAUUAUUUAGGGCCUAAUCUAUAUAUUUCACAUGACUGGGAAGGGGUGAGCCUGGGAGGGCAUAGAACCACCCACUGGGGAGCCAGGCCCAGCCAAUCAGAAUUACUUUUUUAUUACUUUAUUACAGAACAAAAAGUCUUUCCACUAAUGGGUGUAAACAAAUUUAGCACAACAUUUGAGAGAAAUAUGCUUUUUGUGCUUAUGGAACAUUUCUGGGAUCUUUUAUUUCCGCUCAUGAAACAGGGAGCCAGCACUUUACAUGUUAUGUUCAUAUUUUUGUUCAGUAUAUAGAAAAAUGUAAAAAAAAAUCUGGUUUCAAAAAUAUUCUUCGAUGAACAGUUUUACUUUCAUUUAAUCCUUGGUUUGGCUUUUUAAAAUUUAUGCUGUACUGUCAUUUUUUUUUUAAAUUAUAAAAUGUUAUAAUGCCACUGUGUGACAGACUUAUCUCAGUCUUACAGUUAUAAUCAAUGGAACACCAUGAAAAUGUGUUUCUGGAAAGGAUUAGGUUGUUGUGAGAUGUUAAAUUAAGAUUUGAACUUCUGUUAUUCUAACUGAAGCCACCAAAACAAUCACAUUUUAAAAUAUAUGAAUUUAAACUGGAAAAACUCUAUUUUGUUUGACUGUGUAGUGUAGCAGCACAGGUGGUGUUAUAACUUUGUUUACACUAACUUGUUUAAUUGCAUGGCUAUAAACCAGACAAGGCCUGUCUAUAUGUUCCGUUUGUAAAAAAAAAUGAAAAAAAUGUUUUCAGAAAGAUAUUUUCUAAACAGCAAAGGAGUUGAAGUGAAACAAUUUGGUUGUAUAUGGGCUUAAGAAAUAAUAAUGUACUAUUUCAAUGACAGACUGACCAGGUGAAAGCUAUCAUCCCUUAUUGAUGUCACCUGUUAAAUCCACUUGAAUCAGUGUAGAUGAAGGGGAGGAGACAUGUUAAAGAGGGAUUUUUAGACGUGGAUUAUUGAGAGAGAGUGAACGGGCAACAGUGUUAAGUGCCUUUGAACGGGGUAUGGUAGUAGAUGCCAGGCGCACUGGUUAGUGAGUCAAGAACUACAAUGAUGCUGGGUUUUUCAUGCUCAACAGUUUCCCUUGUGUAUCAGGAAGGGUCCACCACCCAAAGGACGUCCAGGCAACUGGACACAACUGUUGGACGCGUUGGAGUCAACACGGGCCAGCAUCCCUGUGGAACGCUUUCGAUACCUUGUAGAGUCCAUGCCCCGACGAAUUGAGGCUGUUCUGAGGGCAAAGGGUGUGCAACUCAAUAUUCGGAAGGAAUAUAUUUUGAUGACCUGUGAAGUUGAUGGGGCGACAGGUCGUCUAGUGGUUAAGAGCUUUGGGCAAGUAACCAAAAGGUUGCUGGUUUGAAUCCCAGCCUUAAGUAUUUUUAACACUGCAACUGCAGUCGACUGGUAUUUUGGAUGCAGUAAUUGCAGAACAGUUGAACUGCACUUAUAUUGCACUGUGACUGCAGUUACACUGCAUUUUGUAUUUUUUUUAAAGUAUACUGCAGUUAUUCUGCACUCUUGACUGCAGAGCUGACUAGGUGACAAAUCUGCCGUUGUGUCUUUUGAGCAAGGCACUUAACCCUAAUUGCUUUUGAGAGUGUCUAGUAAAUAACAUGUAAAUGUUUGAAUAAAAGGUUUCUUCAAUUAGGGGGA